AAAACUUUAAACGAAAUGAAAUCGCAGGAGUCACACUCAACAACAGGGCGGUGGCUCAGUUCAACGCAAUUCAACGAUAGUACACGAGGGCGGUGCUUCUUGCGACUCUUGAGCGUCCUCACUCCGGCAAUAAAAAGGGAAGCCCAGCUCCAAAGGGAAUCACAAGUUUCGUCCAAGUCGAAACAACACGAUCCUCUGCAACAAUCAAGGAGAAUGUUGGGCCAUCAAAAAGGUUUAUCAGCCGCUUUCGUCUCAUUGGCGAUCGUGACUCUGCUGAGCUGCUGCUGCAGUCCAGCGUCCAGUUUCGCCUUCCUUCCUCGCGUCUCCCGUACAAAAGAUGCCGUCGUCAUCGAUUUUGCCGGUGUGGGAUAUGCUCCCUCGAAUCACGGCAAGUCACUGUACGGAGAAAUUACCAAUCCAGCCUUCGUUCCGGUGCCAUCCGUUUAUCCUUAUCCAAUGAUGUAUCGCCAGCAGGAGCAGAGACCCAACGGAUGGUCCUAUUCAUUCGGGUAUCCCGUCGACUCUUCCGGUAGGCAAGCGGCAGUAGGAAUAGCAUCGGCAGCAACGACGACAACAACUCCAGCGCCAGGGAUUCAGUGCGGCAAAGGACCGACCGCCUUACCCGCACGGUCGUUGACUGCUGGCGAAAGGAUCGUAAGCUCAUCCGCUCCUGCUUCCGGCAGCCAUUCCUGGAUGUUCUUGGUAACCCUGAGAACAUUUGAUGCUGAUCCAGGUGUCUUUUUUUGUAGUGGAACUUUGAUUUCUGAUUCGAAAGUUCUUUUGGCGGCCAGUUGUUUGGAAGAUAUGUCUUUGUUUGAGCUGUCGGGUGUGACCGUAUUGAUUGGUCUGUCGCCUUCAACUGAUGCAGCGAACCCAGCACCAAACGUCCAAAUGACGAGAAGGAUCAAUAAAAUGGUUCUUCAUAACCAAUACAACGCCUUCACCUAUGCCAAUGACAUCGCCAUCCUAACACUGGACGCACCUAUCGCUCUUACCAAGUUUAUUGUCCCUGUUUGUCUGCCACCGGCCAAUGCAGAUCCCGACCAAUACGUCGACCAAUCGGCUGUUAUUGUGGGAUGGGGAACGGCUUUUAGUAGUGACCCUGCUGCACCACCCACACCAAGCACCGCACUGAACCAGGGCACAGUUUCCGUUUUGUCCAACGCCGACUGCAAGUUGGAAGCGAACUUUGGCAAAUAUGUUUCGACAGCAAAUAUCUGUAUUUCCUCUACCACCAAUUACAUUUGUCCAGGUGACAUUGGCGGUCCAGUUCUCGUCCUCACGUCGCCGGGUGUUUGGACUCAAAUCGGAAUCAACAGCUACUCCUCAAAUGAUUGCACUACGAAUAGCCUCCAAACCAGAGUGUCGGCCUUCAGGCCCUGGAUUGAUACGUACCUCGCGAAUUAAAAAUAUCAAGAAUAACGACAACACGACCAACAAAUUAUGAAAAGAAACCAUUAUGAAAUUGAAAAAUCUAAUUAUUAGUUCUAAUAUUUUUCAAUUCAGUUUCGGCUGACUUAUUAUUAAUUAUUUCAAGCCUUAUUGCUAUUACUUUUUGUUAGAAUUUGAAAUAAACAUUAGCCCAAGCAAGUAA